CAGAGAAUCGUGCUCACAGACUCUCAGUCUGACCCACGUCCACACGUUGCAAAGGUAUGUCCCACCGACCCAAGUGCAGACCUUUUAAAGAUAUCUAACACAGACACCUCAAAAAGGUACCUCACAUCAGUGCCGGAUUUACCUAUUAGCUAAAUAGGCCCAUAAAAUAGGGCCUCACAAUCUACCUGGGCCUAAAAUAAAAUAUUUUAAACUAUCUUUUUCAUGCUUUAAUUCGUUCUAUUUUUUUAUUUUUUUUUUUGUGUUCUAUUGUUUAACCCAUUUUUUCAUAUUUCGUUCCCUUAAAAUUAAAAUUUAGCAGGUUUAUCCUUAUUUAAUUUCAUGGCCUAAAAGCCGGCAUCCUUUAUUUAAAGUUGAGCAACAGCGGCCGUUGGUCAACCUCUAAAUCUAAUUAGGAUACUUUAUCUGGGUCUCAAUACCAAUCGUUAACCGCCCUGUCCAGUGGUGCCACUCCUAUGUUUUUAUCAUCAGGUUUUCUUGUCUAUAUUUCUGGGCUUUUGUCUCCAGAAUCUAGGUUCUUUUUUUCGUCGCACUCAAUUCUUUUAACAUAACGUCAAGCAGUAGAUAUGUUAAUUAAAGCGUAUCAACAUGAUGUUAAUAAUUAUCUCAAGAGUGAACUGGGGCACUUCCAUGAUUAUAUAACUGAGGAACUUCCAUGAUUAUAUAACUGAAGCACUUCCAUGAUUAUAUAACUGAAGCACUUCUAUGAUUACUUAACUGAGGCACUUCCAUGAUUAUAUAACUGAGGCACUUCCAUGGUCAUAUAACUGAGGCACUUCCAUGGUCAUAUAACUGAAGCACUUCCAUGAUUAUAUAACUGAAGCACUUCCAUGAUUAAAUAACUGAGGCACUUCCAUGAUCAUAUAACUGAAGCACUUCCAUGAUCAUAUAACUGAAGCACUUCCAUGAUCAUAUAACUGAAGCACUUCCAUGAUUAAAUAACUGAGGCACUUCUAUGAUUAAAUAACUGAGGCACUUCCAUGAUUAAAUAACUGAGGCACUUCCAUGAUUAAAUAACUGAGGCACUUCCAUGAUUAUAUAAUUGAGGCACAGUGAAAAAAACUUUAGAGAUCUCCUUUGUUAUUGCAAAUAAAUACACCAAAGUUCAUUUGCAUUAGUUUAUGUUCAUUACUAUCCCCAACCCUGAAAAGGGUAUGCGUUGCUCAUCACUACCCCAGAAGCUAACUUCAUGCCUUAUUCAUUACUACCCCCAACCCCAAAAACAUAGUUCAUUGCAUUGUUAAUUACUACUCUCACCCCCGAAAGUAUACUUCAUUGCAUUGUUCAUUACUACUCCCACCCCAAACACAUACUUCAUUGCAUUUUCCAUGACUACACAAGUAACACAACCCUAAAAGCCUACUUCAUGCAUUGUUCUUUACUACCCCCAACCCGAAAAGCAUACUUCAUGCAUUGUUCAUUAGUAUCCCAAACCCAAAAACAUACUUCAUUGCAUUGUUCAUUACUACCACUAACCCCAAAAUCCUACUUCAUGCAAGCCCAACCCAAAAACUAAUUUUUAAAAUAUACGCCACCCCCCCCCCCCCCCCAACAAACCGCGAUUUACUUCUUUUACUUCUUUCCCAGAUUACAUCUCUUCAAUAAAAUGAUUUGGCCACAUUUUGUCUUGUUGUCGCAGACCACCUUUGCCAGAGUAACGCUGGCCAAGCUGCAACAGGCCAUAGCCGAUAACCACCAGCUGUUGGCUUCCUCUCUGGGAAGUGAGAUGAUGUCCAAUGUGCUGGCCAUCCAACACAUCAAUGACCUGGCUGACUGGUCAAACAUCAAUCAACUGACCAGCCAGAAGGAUGCCAGGGUAGUGUGGUAAGAUUACUGAAAUGAAAGACUUCAUUUAAAAAGUGGUAAAGCUAUCUUUUCCCAUGGAUAAUAAACUAUUAGAAUUGAAGUAAUGUGAUUGAAGUAACGUGAUUAAACUAAUGCAAUUGAAUUAAUGUGAUUGAACUAAUAUGAUUGAACUAAUGUGAUUAAACUAAUGUGAUUGAACUAUGUAAAUGAAAUCUGUAAAUGAAAAUGAACUAUGUAAAUGAACAAAUUAAAUGAACUAAUUAAAUGAAAUAUGUAAAUAAACUAACUAAAUAAACUAAUUAAACGAACUUAUUGAAUGAACUAAUGUAAAUGAACUAAUGUACAUGAACUAAUUAACUGAACUUAUUUAAUGAUUAUAUAAUUGAACUAAGUAAAUGAACUUAUUGAAUACACCAAGUAAAUGAACUAUUUGAAUGAACUAUGCAAAUGAACUAAUUAAUUGAACUAGUGAAAUGAACUAAUUAAAUGAACUAAUUAAACGAACUAAUUUACCUAAAUUAUUGAAUUAACUUAUUUAAAUGAACCAAUGUAAAUGAAAAAAUUAGAUGAACUUAUUGAAUGAACUAAUGUAAAAUGAAAAACUAAAUUAACUUAUUGAAUGAACUACUUUAAAUGAACUAAUUAAAUUACCAAGUACUAAUCUUUGUUGAAACGCCCAUCAUUAUUUCAGUAGCCAUCUUUGUUGACACGCCCAUCAUUAUUUCAAUACCAAUCUUUGUUGACACACCCAUCAUUAUUUCAAUACCAAUCUUUGUUGACACGCCCAUCAUUAUUUCAAUACCAAUCUUUGUUGACACGCCCAUCAUUAUUUCAAUACCAAGCUUUGUUGACACGCCCAUCAUUAUUUCAGUACCAAUCUUUGUUGACACGCCCAUCAGUAUUUCAGUACCAAUCUUUGUUGACACGCCCAUCAUUAUUUCAGUACCAAUCUUUGUUGACACGCCCAUCAUUAUUUCACUACCAAUCUUUGUUGACACGCCUAUCAUUUCAGGAUUCCGGACAAUCCGAAGUCUAAAGAACUGCUCCGAAAUUUAUUUCCAAUAACGCCACACAUUUCCUCAAACGGUUUUACUUCCCUAAACAUGAC